AUGAAGCUGUUCGUCGCGCUCGCGUGCCUCGUGGGAGGAGCGCACGCCGCCAUGUCCGUGCGUUUCACGAGCGACUUCGACGCCGGGACGGAGAUCUCGAACGUCCAGCUGCUCAACGAGGAGGAGGGCUACGGCGAGUGCUCGUCGAGCGGCACGGGCGGCGACGCGCCCCAGUUCUUGCUGCACGGCGGCAAGAACUUUGGGUUCAACGGCAUAGAAUUCGAGUGUGCCUUCACGGUCACCUACCCCGACGGCAACUCCUGCGACUGCAAGUACGGCGUCGACAUGAGCAUCUGGCUCGGGAGCGAGAACGAGUUCAAGGUCACGGGCUGCUCCUGCUUCUACUCCAAGGACCACCCGAGCACGCUUUGGGACAUCCCGAACAACAACGAUCCCGUCGGCGAAGCGUUCAUGACGGAGUCGACGUCCGCGCGCGCGGAGGUCGCGCUCGAGAUCGCCGCGCCGCGCGCCGCGCUCCGCGGCGCCGCCGUCGCGUGA